CCACAUUAAUAAAUCGUUAUAAAAUUAAACUUGCCAAAGAAAACAACAAAAAAAUUACAAUGAAAAUGAACGGAACUAUUUAUCAUCUUUUUAUCUUGAGUCUUUUGUCCUUCUUCGUCUUUAACACCUCCGCUAGUUGCGUUUCUACUUCUUGUACAUGCGAUGGUGGCAGACCGCAAGGCCAAUACUGCGGAUUGAAUUUAGUGAUCCUAAUUGCAACAUUACUCGUGUCUAUGAAUGCAAUCCACAAGGUGGAGCAUGUGAUUAUGGCUUUCGCCAAUCCUGCUAUGACUGUGGUUGUUUGCAAUGUCCUUGUUAAUUACUGUAUAUAUAUCGCUUAUAUACUAAUCAUAAAAUAAUAACAUUAUUUUAUUAGUUCUACGCAUGUAUAUUUUAUUAUGUUAUUAAGUAUAGUAUUAUGUUUGACUUAAACAUAUUUGAAAUUUUUUAACUAUUAAAUUAUUAUUAUU